AUGGAUCGAAGGGCGCAUAUCUCGACGCCUCUGGAGGCAGAUUCUUCGUUACUCGAUGCUCACAAGCUACCUUCAUAUCUGGGUCCGGCGCUUGAGUUCAUAUCUCGCCGUCUUGCCAUGAAGGGCCUGCACGUCACUCUCGUUGUGGCCCGAAGAGACUACCAACUUCCAGGUCUUGUUGCUGCCAGGGUUGACGCCAUCAUGCCGACUUAUGUUCCUGUCACCAACCUCUUGACCCUGCCAUCACCACCUGACAGUCCUGCAUCACCCGAAGAUGUGGUAGCCUGUGGGCCUAGGUUCAGCACCAUCAAGUCACUCGUGGGCCGUUCCAGGUCACAACGAGACAAGGUAGACUUCAGACAGCCAUCCCGAUUGUCCAGGAAGCCGUCGUUGGCUUCCUUGCUUGAGGGCCCCAGGUUGAGGCGAGCCGCAACAGCAUCGGCCACUGCCUCACAUGUUUCUCCAAGAACACCAGCCACGCCAGCCACUUCCGUCGUCAUCACCAGCUCUUCCUCCUCUCCUUCUUUUCACGCAGGGUCAACGACCUCAGCAGCGUCAAUAGACCUACGGGAGCCCGAGAUCCGCCUGCUCCAUACCACGCCCUUGAACCCCCGGGCCUACAGGCUGGUUGCCGAUACUCUGACCCGCGCGACCAAGAAGUUCGACCUGGCCACGCCGCUCACAGCCCAUGAGCCGUCCGCCUACGGUAUCCCGCCGCUGGUGCUCCACAGCUCCAUCCUCCAGAACGAGAGCCUUCACUCCUCCGAGGGGCUGACGCUCCUGUCGCUGGACCACCUCUAUACCUUCAAGGCCGCGCUGGCCCGGUAUGCCGCCGUCCGGUCCGAGUUUGGCAGCCACUUCAGGCUCGAAGACGCCGUGGACGAGCUUAGACGAUAUGUCAUGUCGGCCGGUGGGAGGCGGCGCCUGUUGAAGAGCACGCUGGCCUCGGCGUAUGACUGGCUGGGUCCGUUGAACGAGGCAGCUCUGGGCGAAGUCAUGAGGACGUACUCACGGGCCUAUGGUAGCGCAACAGAGACAGGCGUGGAAGACGACCUUGUGAAGAGAGACCACAUCCCGGCGUUGGCUGCGACCAUGGCUCUCGCCAAGAUCGUGAACGAGAGCGCCGAAAUGAAGAAGAGCACCGUGGAGUCUUUAUCUGAAGCCCAGCCCCAACCUGCGGCGAGGCUAAGCAACAUGACCAUCAAGUCUGUUGCUCACCAGCCGCCGACAUUGGCGAUCCUUCCUCAAGACUCGUUUCUGCAGAGCCCAAGCGAGUAUUCUCCCACGCCAGUGAUGGCUUCAUCUGCGUCCGUCCAGCACAAGCAGCUCCUCUCGCCCAUGUCUGCGCAGAACUGGAUCGUUCAGGAUUAUUCGCCAUGGGCGGACGAGGGCAUGGUCACCAUGCCGGAUACUCCUCCUUCAGAGACACUCGCCAAGAUCCAUGAGACUAAGCAAGACGUUGACCAACCGGUCGAGAACCUCCUUGUUGUCGCCAUGGCCAAGGAUGACGUUACUGCGAACGUCUCAGAUCUGGCAGCAAGUUCACAGGCCGCACAAUUACCAAAAACGCCCACAAACCCACCCAAAGCCCUGCCACAGGCUCCCUCCGCGCCAGCUGCUGCUGUCACUGCUGCUGCUGCCGCUGCUGCUUCUUCCUCUUCUUCCCCCAAGAUCCCUUCCCCACGCACCUCGCCCAAGGCCUCUCCACCCGCCCUAAGGCUCCAGACCAGCUUCCCGACCCCCUUCAAGCCAACGUCCCAGCGCAAGAAGACACCCAUGGCACAGAAACGACGUCCAACCCGCAGGGGAACAUCCUUUGACAUCCUACCGCCGGCGGUGCCCGUGUCGCCGACCGUGAAGGACAUCCGGAUCGAGAUUGUCAUCUCCGACUCAGACGAGGAAGAGGAGUACGAAGAAGAAAACGAGAAGGAGGAGGAGGAGGAGGAGGAGGAGGAGGAGGCCAACCUCACCGACUUCGAGGACGCCGAACUCACGGCCAGAUCGCCGGUUAAGACACCAGGGGGCUCGAUGUGGCUCAACAUCGACGAUAUCCUUGGCAGCUACGAGAGGCCACGGGGGGCUCUCGAGAAGCGCCACCAUCAGAGCUACCACCACAGCCGGAAGAGCUCCUCCCUCCACGAGAUGCAGACGCCCGCCGGGGACCGACUCGGUCCUAUGACGCCGAACGGGUAUGAUGAUAUCUCGCCCAUCACUAGGGGCGAGUGGGGCUUCCUGAUGAUCAGUGAUCAGUUCCGGACGAAGACGGCUGCUGUGAGCUGUGUGUGA